AUGGGCAGCACAGGCACAGCAGUAAAUCCAGACGCGGCAAGCUACAUAGGAAAGAACUUGAACUGCCUUGCAGCAGUCGAUACACUUGAUGUCUCCCAACUACUCAACACGAUACCGGCUGGUGCGCGAGCUUUGAAGCUCAGUUCUACUCAACAGAACACUCCUGUGACCUUCACUAUCGCCAAGACUGAUCAAACAAGAAUCUUCAGCGGCUCUGAGGACCUUGAGAUCGAUGUCAAUGUCGCUCUUACCGACCAGCUCAAGAUCUGCAAUUCUGGAUCUGCCGCCAGCUCCUUCCUUCAAGUGGAUGCUUCUGCCUCUGCCUCAUAUGGCGGUGUUUCCGUCUCAGGCAACACGUCCUUCUCCAGCAAUAAGAAGUACUCGGAAAGCUCCAUGUACGCCUUCUAUUCCUGGGAGGAGUCAUGCUACAAAGUUCAAGUCAAUCGACAACCACAGCAUCUGCUUCAUCCUGACCUGGUGGAUAACGUCUCUGAGCUCCCAGCUUGGGAUCAAAAUGCCUCCGAUGUGGUUCAACAAUAUGAAGAUUUCUUCUCGUCGAAUGGUACACAUGUUAUUACAGGCGCCAAGCUUGGAUGGCGAUAUCUUCUGACUGUGCAGUGCGACAAAUCAGAUGCAGACGUAAACACCGACUUCACAGCAUGUGUCAAGGCCGAGUACUCUGGCGUCGGUUCCAUGUCUGCCUCCGCCGGUGUCAAGAGCAAAACAUCCUACUCCAGCUACAUGAGCAAAUCACAAUCCACCUGUUACGUCCGUGGUGGUGACCUGACCGCCAAUUCUGAUGCCAAAAGCACAGCCGACCGCCAGAACGGCGGUGAGCCAGGACCAGAGUUCAGCAAGUGGGCCGCCUCUACCUCCAACGGCACGGGAGAGCAAAUCCUGAGCGUGAGUACGAUGGGCCUGCCGAACGUCCUACGCUUGAACAAGACCACCAAAACUGCAGCCGCCUCGCUCGACUCUGCCCUCAAAUAUUUCACCGCCAAAGUCAAUACGCACGUCUUCAACGGCCGCCUCUUCGGCAGGAGCGACUGGUUGAGCUUCACCCUUACCAACCCAGCCCCAACCACCAAGAUCGUCGUCCCGAAUCCGCUACCAAGCAUUUGGACCCAACGCAACGCAAGCUUCAGAUUCGGGCGUUUCGACGCGUCGGGCGUUCAGAUGAGAGCCACUCAAGACCCAACCUGGCAACACGUCGAUAAUGUCAGCGUGCCAAUCCAGCUACAGCUCGCCCACGCCACCGAUCCCAUCAGCUUCGAUCUCGACCACGGCGCAGCUGGGGGUUCUAGUGACGACGACCACUACAGCCAAAUUGACUUCUACGGCGACGACGGCACGACCGUGAUUUUCAGCAGGAACAAUUGGACACAUGAUAACAAUAACAAGCAAUCUUUCAAUGCCUUGCGCAUUCAGCAGCCAUCUUAG